AUGUAUAGCGCUUUCACUACCAAACGGAAAAUAUUAAUUAUAUUUAUUGUUACAAUAACUGGUUGUUUAGGUCCAAUAGCUGGUAAUAUUUAUGUUCCUAUAUUACCUCAAUUACAAAUAGUUUUCAAUGUUUCAGAAACAACAAUUAAUGGUACUAUUGCAAUUUUCAUGACAAUAUUUGCUUUUGCACCUUUAAUUUGGGCAUCUUGGGCUGAUUAUGGUGGUAGAAAAUUAUUAUAUUUAAUUCCAAUUUUAUUUUAUAUUAUUGCAAAUAUUUUAUUAUCUAUAAUUCCAAUAAAUAUAAUUGCUUUAUAUAUUUUAAGAGCUGUACAAGCAUUUGGUGCUAGUAGUGUUAUGUCUGUUGGAGCAGGUACUAUUACUGAUAUUAUAGAACCUAAAAAUAGAGCAAAAGCUAUUUCAAUUUUUAUGUGGGGACCUCAAUUAGGUCCAGUUUUGGGACCUUUGUUAUCGAUGAUUGCAAUUAAAUCAUGGAGAUGGAUUUUUGGAUUUUUAGCUAUAUGGGGUUCUGUUGUUUAUUUAUUAAUUUUAUUUUUAUUACCUGAAACUUUAAGAUAUUUAGUUGGUAAUGGUGAAUGUUAUACUUCAUUUUUUAUAAAACCAAGAUUUAUUCAACCAAAAUUAGUUGAUGGAUUCCCAAGACCUCCAAAACCAAGUUUUAAAAAUUAUUAUAAUAUUUUAAAAUUUAAACCUGUUUUAAUUUGUUCUAUAAAUUCAGGUUUUUUAUUUGCAACAUUUUAUGGAGUUAUGGUUACUUUUGCAAGAAUUUUACAAGAAAAUUAUAAUUUUAAUUCAUUACAAACAAGUUUAGGUUAUUUAUGUCCUGGUGGAGCUUUAAUUAUUGGUUCAACUAUUGGUGGUUGGUUAUCUGAUAAAACUUAUAAUUUAAUACCAGAACGUAGAUUUUCAAUUCAAAUUUUAGGGUUGCUAAUUUCAAUGAGUGGGAUUAUAAUUUAUGCAUGGACAGUUGAAUUUUUAGCUCCAAUUGAAACUGUAUUUUUAGGAACUUUUUUAUCAGGUUUUGGAAUGACUUGGGUUUUUGUAACAACAACUACUUAUUUAACUGAAUGUUCAACUGGUCAACCUAGUGCUAAUGUAGCUAUUGGGAAUUUAAUGAGAAAUAUUUCUGCUGCAAUUUGUACUGUUAUAAUUGAUGAAUUGAUAAAGAAAAUGGGUUUUGGUUGGUGUUUGACAGGUUUAGCAAUGUUGGAUUUAAUAGGUAUAGUUAUGGUUUUAAUUUUGAUUAAAAAUGGAAAAAAAUGGAGAGAAGAAUAUAAAUUAAAUAAUAAAGAAUAG